CACCCAGCCGAGGGCACAGACCAGCUGUGCGAGAAGAAGAAGAGACUGAGGGAACCCUCCGCCCUCCUUGCGGAUUCACCGGCAGUGAUCGUAUUCACACAUCCUGGGAUGAACGGCACCUGGAACGAUACCUCAGAGAAUGACGGUCAGCCCCAGGAGACGGCCAUGACCGUGUACAUCUGCACUUUGCUGGUCCUGGGCAUUGUGUUCAAUUCCCUGGCUCUAUGGGUGUUCUGUUGCCGCAUGAGAAAGAAGUGGACAGAGACGGUCAUCUACAUGACCAACCUGGCCAUGGCCGACCUCUGCCUGCUCUGUGCCCUGCCUAUCAUGCUCUACUCACAAAGAGACAGCAAAGAAGACACUGUGCUGUGCAAGGUGUCCCAGAGCAUAUACCUGGUGAACAGGUACAUGAGCAUCAGCAUCAUCACCAUGAUUGCCGUGGACCGCUAUGUGGCCCUCCAGUUCCCGAUGCAGGCUAGGAGGCUGCGGUCCCCCACCUGCUCCGCCAUCAUCUGUGCUGUGCUCUGGGCUUUGGUCAUCAUCUCCAUGGUCACCCGCCUGGCCUGGCAGACCCAAGAUGGUGACUUCUGCUUUUCCAGCAAGAAUUUCAAGUUUGUGAAGAUGUCCAUCUUCUCCCUGCUUGCCUUCUUCAUCCCCCUCAUCAUCCUGACCUUCUGUUCAGUUCAGGUGAUUGUGAGCCUGGUAAGGAAGAAGAAGACAGAUGCCCACGAGAAGAAGGCCAUUCAUAAGGCCAUCUGCAUGAUCAGUGCUAACCUGCUCGUCUUCCUGGCCUGCUUCCUGCCCAUGCAUGUGGCCUUGACUGUGCGGCUCUUCCUGAACAACAAGGAUGCCAACACACACAUCUGGCAGGAUAUCAUCUCGAUCACUUCGCGCUUGUCCAAUGCCAACUGCUGCCUUGAUGCCAUCUGCUACUAUUUUGUGGCCAAGGAAUUCCAGGAGGCAUCGGUCCAAACCAUUUCCAUUUUGUCCAGGUCGUACAAGCUCCAAGACUCAACACAGGCAUCUAUUGCUUAACCAGCAUAGACAUCAGAGCUGCUGCAGCUGCUUCUUGAACCUAGAUCCCUGAGGUGGGCUGGGGAGAGGGGAGUGUCUGGUCUUAGAGGACUACAUGUUCUGCCGUUACUACCUGCUUUACUGUCCAGCGUGUACCACCCCCCCCCCCGCCCCCACCAAAGUCCUGGGGCUGGGUUUCAGCAUUCCCAGGUUCUAGUGCAAGGUCUUGCCAUUCUAUUUCCUCAUCUAGAAAAUGGGCAGAAGGCCUCACAGGACUGUUCUGGGAAUGCAAGGAAAUGAUGGGUACAGAAAGAUGCUUUGGAAAGGUAGCCUCGUGUGACUGUGGAAGGUCUCUCUUAGCCGUAUAAGAGUCAAGCUGGACUAUAACAUUCCUCAAAGUAAGACGCUUCCCCUGCUCCUUGUUGCCUCCUGGGUAAAGUAAACCCUUUGCCUAACUUUCAUAUACAAUGCAUUCCAACCAGACUGGCCUUGCUGGUCCCAAGCCUGUCAGUCAUCUCCCACCUCCAUGCCUUUGCAUUGGCUGUGUCUGCUGGAAUCCCUGGCUCAGCAACAGGCAUUUCCUGAUGCCCUCAUUGUGCGUGGACCCCUCCUCCAGUCACUUUGUAUGUAUUUGGUGUCUCACUUGUCCUUACUAGACUAUGAAUGUGGGAUAUGCCCCAAAAGAACCAGGAGAACCAUCUGGUUUGGGUCUUGAAUCCCCAGUGCCUAGCACAGUGCUCGGCAUAUAGUAGGUGGUUUUUUCUUUUCCUUUUCUUAGUGAGGCAAUUGGGGUUAAGUG